UCCAUAGCGCCCCCUCAAGAAAAGCAAAGAAGACAACGGCGCAGGAUAACCUCCAACCCGCUAAAAUGCGCACCUACGUGCACGCCACCUUCCUCCUCAUCUCCUUCAUCCCUCUAGCCAUCUCCCAACUUACCCAAAACCAGGAAACGGCCAUGAAAUCCCUCUCCGUCAACCUCAAUUCCUCUCUCUGGAACACAACAGACUCAAACCCAUGCAAUUGGAAUCGAGUCAAUUGCACCCAAAACUCCAUCACCCAUCUCAAUCUCUCUGGUCUCGGCCUCUCAACCAAUCCCUUCCUCAUAGAAAUAUGCCAGCUCGAUUCGUUGCAGUCGCUCGAUCUUUCCCAAAACCUUCUGACUUCAGUCCCACAUGCUUUCUUCACUGCUUGCGGCGAAAGAAGCAACCUGAAAUCCCUCAAUUUGAGCAUGAAUAUGUUAAAUGGCUCCCUACCACCUUUGCAGGGUUCUGUCAGCUUGGAGACCUUGGACCUGUCUUUCAAUUUCUUGGGUGGAAAUAUCACUUCUCAGUUACAUGAUUUGGUUGGAAUCAAAAGCUUGAAUUUGAGCUUUAACAGCUUCAUUGGGCCUAUUCCACACCUACUGGGGAAAAGCAUGGGAUUGGAAGAGUUGCGGCUCUCCGGUAACUACUUUGAAGGUGCAAUUCCUGAAGAGAUUUUCAGAUACAGGAAACUGAGACUACUCUGUCUUAGCUUCAAUAGGCUUGAAGGCUCUGUUUCUAAUAAGCUAGGAGAGCUUUCCAAGUUGGAAAUUCUCCUCCUCUCUUCCAAUAAUUUUAGUGGAAGAAUACCAGAAAGCUUGUUGCAGAUUAAGAAGCUGUCACGAUUUCGAGCAAGGCAAAACAGAUUUACAGGCCCCAUUCCUCGGGGGAUUUUGGAAUAUGUUGAGGUUUUAGACCUCAGUUAUAAUAGUUUGAGCGGAACGAUCCCUUCUGAUCUUUUGUCAAGUCCAAAUUUAUGGUUUGGUGAUCUAAGUUAUAAUUCGUUAGGAGGGCCGAUUCCAGUGAACUUGUCUAAAAGCUUGCUUCGUUUGCGAUUGGGCGGGAAUUCGCUCAUUGGGUCAAUUCCACCAUCGGUUGGGAACCUCUCAGAUCUGAUGUUUCUCGAGAUGGAUGGCAAUAUGUUGACUGGGGCGAUCCCAUUGGAAUUGGGGAAGUGCAGGAACUUGAUGCUGUUGAAUCUCGGUCAGAAUCAGUUGCAAGGUUUGAUUCCGAAAGAAUUGAGUAAUCUUCAACAGCUAGAAGUUAUGAAGCUUGAUAGGAACGAAUUACGUGGGGAAAUCCCGAAUGAAAUUUCACAGUUGAAGAGCCUGAUGAUGCUGAAUCUUGGCUGGAAUUCCCUUACCGGUGCAAUACCUUCAGCUUUUUCCAACCUGACAGAUCUUUCGAUUUUGAAUUUGGAAGGUAACCAACUUAACGGUUCAAUACCUAAUAUUUUUUCUAAAUCGAAAUUGCUGUUAGAACUCCUGCUAGGAAACAACAACCUUUCUGGAGAAAUUCCAAGAAUGCCGUCAAGCUUGCGGAUAGCACUCAACCUCAGCAGCAAUCACUUCCAUGGACCAAUACCGGUAAGUCUCAAAGGACUGUCUAAUUUAGAGGUCUUAGAUCUCUCAGACAACGAAUUUACCGGCGAGGUUCCGCAGUUCUUGACUGUGCUGCAGUGCCUGACAAUACUGGUGCUUUCCAAUAAUCAGCUUUCAGGAACUCUUCCACAAUUCAACCGGUGGGUCAAUGUUGUUACCACUGGAAAUGACAAUCUGAUCCGAAAUCCUACCAUCGAUUCAUCUAAGGGAAAAGCCACAGCCAUUUUGCUAAUUGCAGUGGCAGUUGCAGGUGCUAUUCUUGGUUUAGGGGCUGUGGCAGUGAUCUUUGUUUUGAUUCCGAGACGGUCUAAUCGUAUCGAUGAUGAAAAUAUACAGUCAGGAGAAGAUCACCAACGCGUUAUCGACAGACAUCUAAUAACUAGAGACAGCAACCAUUGUUCCAGCAUCAACUUCACCAGAGCCAUGGAAGCUGUCAGCAACCCAGCCAACAUCUUCCUAAAGAGUGGGUUCUCAACCUACUACAAGGCCAUUAUGCCCUGCGGAAUGAGCUAUUCUGUCAAGAAGCUCGACUGGAGUGACAAUAUAUUUCAGUUGGGAAGCCAUGAAAGGUUCAGACAGGAGUUGGGGAUCGUAGGGGGUUUGAGUAGUUCAAGAGUUAUGGCCCCUCUGGCAUAUGUUUUGACAGCUGAUAGUGCUUACCUGUUCUACGAACAUGCCCACAAGGGAACCCUCUUUGAUUUUCUUCACAAAAAACUGGGAGAUGUUCUGGAUUGGCCAUGUCGCCACAGCAUCGCGCUGGGAGUGGCCCAGGGUCUGGCUUUUCUGCAUGGGUGCAUCGACCCAGUUCUCCUACUCGACCUAUCAACAAAGACCAUCCUAUUAAAGUCAAUGAACGAGCCGCAGAUAGCAGAUGUCGAGCUUUUCAAAGUCAUUGAUCCUUCGAAGAGCACUGCAAGCCUUUCUACCAUUGCUGGUUCUGUGGGGUACAUUCCUCCAGAGUAUGCCUACACAAUGAGGGUGACUAUGCCUGGCAAUGUCUAUAGUUUUGGGGUCAUCUUACUUGAAUUACUGACUGGAAAACCACCAGUCAGUGGAGAAACUGAAUUAGCCAAAUGGGUGCUGAGUAAUUCGGUGCAGAAUGAUGCGUGGGAGCAGAUUCUUGAUUCUAGUAUCAGCAAGACAUCACUUGUGGUUCGCAGUCAGAUGCUCUCAGUAUUGAAGGUUGCUUUGUGUUGUGUUAGCACCUCACCAGACGCAAGGCCCAUCAUGAAAAAUGUGGUGAGGAUGUUGCUUAAUGCCAGAUAAGUUGUCAGAAGUUAUUUAGAAUACAGGAGUCAGUUUGGGACAUUGAAUGUCCCAUUCGCUUUCUGGUUAUUCAUUUGUUGGUAUAAUGUGUGCUUUUAAUGGAGUUUAUACGACUGUUCUAUAAACUUACAUUUAAAGACAGCUAUGUUAUUUUCUCUUCAGUACAUGAUAUAGGCAUCAAUCUUGAGAGUUGUAAUUUGAA